AUGACCGCGUAUAUUCUGCUUGCCAGAGAAGUCACUCACGGUUCCUCUGCUGGGAAUUGUCCCACCGCGACGAGGCUGGGCGCUGGACAUGGAUCUAUGACUGGCUCCGUCGCCUCAGAGAUACCGGAUCUUAGGGGCAGAGUCUUUAUCGUCACUGGGGGAAGUAGUGGGAUUGGAUAUGCGACUGUUCAACAUCUCGUCCGACGGGGCGGCAGGGUUUACAUGGCAGCGCGGAAUGAGGAGAAAGCUCGGACGGCAAUCGACCAUUUAGAACCGGAGCCAGGAGUCGAAGAGGUAUGCUUCCUCAAGCUUGACCUGAGUGAUCCCCGGGAGGCAAGAAAAGCUGCCUUGGAAUUCAUUUCAAAAGAGAGGAGACUGGACGUACUCAGCCGCGCAGUCCGUACUCGAAGACUCACGAAGGAUACUGGCAAACUAGAUGCACUAUAUAGCCAUAUAAGCCCAUUUGUCUUCACAAUGAGUCUGCUCCCUCUCCUUGAAGAGACAGCUAAGCACUCACAAAGCGACGUCCGAGUUGUGAACGUGUCCUCUGACGGUAUAAUGUUUCUCAAACGAGGCAUUCGCUUUCGGAACCUGGACGACUUCAAUGACGAACACAACGGGGAAUUUGCUCCCGACUUGGCCAGAUACUCGAACAUCCUCUUCACCAUGGCGCUGCAAAAGAGGCUGGACACUCGAAACGUACCCAUCCUAGCGCUGGCCCUCAACCCAGGCCUAGUAUGCACAGACGGCGUGUUGAACGACGUCAGGUCGCAGCCACCAAUCAUUUCGCACAUUUUUACCAUGGUCAUUCGUGCGCUGUGGGCGGCUCCCUCGCGCGGAGCUCUCACAUCUAUCUUCGCCGCUACUGCGCCUGUGGUCCGUGACCAACCGCAACUAUAUGGGGGUGCUUAUCUGCAGCCGCCUGGCAAAUUGGGCCGCCCACCGAACGCCGACGCUAGGAGCCUGGAACUGGCGGAGGAGCUGUGGGACACUACUGAGAGGCUGUUAAGGGAUAUUGGGGUUGAGAUCGAAGGAGGAAUUGCUGGAGACCCGGUACUUCGCGCAUGA